AUGAGUUUAAAGAUUCUAUAUUUCGUGUUUAUUUUACAUUAUAUAAAUGCUGAAUUACUUCGACCACCUUAUCUAAAUUUGGCCAGAGAAAAACAUAUUACUGUUUCUGCAACAGCAACAUGCGGUGAAUUUAUUAAUGAAAAAACGGGAAAAAUAACAAAAAAAAAAGAAUUAUAUUGUAAAUUAACGGGUUCAUCACCGUAUGAAAAAGAUUUUAAAGAUUCAAAUCUCAUAUAUGGUCAAUAUUGUGAUACAUGUGAUCCAAAUAUACCAGAUAAAGUUCAUAGUGUCAAUUAUACAAUAGAUGGUACUGAUCGAUGGUGGCAAUCACCACCGUUAUCUCGUGGUAUUGACUAUCAGAGAGUUAAUGUUACGGUGAAUCUUGGUCAAGAAUAUCAUGUGGCUUAUGUUUAUGUUAAAAUGGCUAAUUCACCUCGUCCAGCUGUAUGGGCUUUAGAAAGAUCAACAGAUUAUGGAAAAACGUUUAAAACAUGGUUCUAUUUUGCCAAUGACUUUGACUGUCGAUCGAUAUUUGGUAUAGAACCUGUUUUUAAUAGAUCAUUCCUUAAUGAUGAUGAUGUUGUUUGUGAAACAAAAUUUGCUAGUCGUAUACCAUUAGAAAGCGGUGAAAUGGUUAUCAGUUUGAUUAACGAACGCCCGAAUGCAAAAAAUUUUUCUUAUAGUGAUACACUUCAGCAGUGGACACGAGCUACCAAUGUUCGUCUAAGAUUACUUCGUCCAACUACUUUACAAUCUCAUUUGAUACCAUCGCAAAUGCGUGAUGAUUCAGUUACAAGACGGUACUUUUAUUCGAUAAAAGAUAUUGCUCUUGGUGGCCACUGUGUGUGUAAUGGACAUGCGGAAAGUUGUGAUAAAACUGAUCCAAAAACGCCAAAUAAAAUGGUAUGUCGCUGUCGACAUAAUACAUGUGGUGAUUAUUGUCAAUACUGUUGUCCACCAUUUGUUCAAAAAAAAUGGAAACAAAGUCGUGAAAAAGAUGGUUUUGAAUGUGAACCAUGUCAGUGUUAUGGACAUUCAAAUGAAUGCCAAUAUGAUGAGAACAUUGAUCGUCAAAGUUUAAGUAUUGAUAUACACGGAAACUAUGAGGGUGGUGGUCGUUGUGUCAAAUGUCAACAUAAUACAGAUGGAAUUAACUGUGAAAAAUGUGUAAAAGGCUACUUUCGUAAUAUAACAAAAAAAGUAUCGGAUUCAGAUGUUUGUCAGAAAUGUAAAUGUAAUUUAAAAUUUUCAACGGGUAAUUGUGCUGAGGGAACAGGAAAAUGUGAAUGUAAAGCACAAUAUUCGGGCAUUAACUGUGAUGAAUGUUCAGUUGGUUACUAUAAUUAUCCGGAAUGUAAGCCAUGUUUAUGUUCGAUAAAUGGCACAGCUGAUCAUAAAUGUUUGCCUGACUCCGGACGGUGUGUAUGUAAAAUGAAUUAUGAUGGUGAUUUUUGUGAUACAUGUGCACCAGGUUAUUACAAUUAUCCUGAAUGUCAACCUUGUGAAUGUGAACGUUUAGGCAGUGAUGGAAAUAUAUGUGAUAUAACUACUGGCCAAUGUCCCUGUCGUUUAAACUAUCAAAAUCGAACGUGUGAUACAUGUAAAAAUGGUCACUUUGGCUUUCCAGGAUGUUUGCCGUGUGUUUGCAAUACCGAAGGAACAACCAACGAAAUAUGUGACAAAGAGGUGGGUUUAUGUGUAUGUAAACAAAAUUUUGCUGGUCCUAACUGCGAACAAUGUUCAGCUGGAUUUUAUGGACAUCCAACCUGUUCACCAUGCAAUUGCGAUCAAACAGGUGUCAUUUAUGAUGCUUGUGAUCAACGUGGUCAAUGUCAUUGUAAGGCAAAUUUUGGAGCUCGUCAAUGCAAUCAAUGUGCUCCUGGCUAUUAUCGUUAUCCAGCAUGUAUCCCUUGUUCAUGCGAUCCUCAUGGUGCGUUAGGCGUUAGUUGUCAACAAUCAACAGGACAAUGUAUCUGUAAAUCAAAUUAUGCGGGCGAUAAAUGUCAAGAAUGUAGACUAGGUCUCUUCAAUUUUCCAUACUGCGAAGAAUGCAAAUGUGUACCAGCCGGUGUUCGAAAUGAUUUUUCCGGUUGUGGAAGACAUAAUAUUCCAGGUGUUUUGUGUCUGUGUAAAGCAAAUGUCGAAGGAAGACAGUGUGACAGAUGUAAAGAAGGUCAUUGGAAUAUGCGAACGGCUAAUCCAUUAGGUUGUGAGUCAUGCGAUUGCAGCGAAGCUGGCACUCUUGGCAUAUUAAAUGUAUGUGAUCAAACAAAUGGACAGUGUCCAUGUAAAAUAACUACUCAAGGACAACGUUGUGAUCAAUGUGCUGAUGGAUAUUUUUCUCUCAAAAAAGAAGAUCCAUUUGGCUGUGAGCCAUGUCGUUGUUCACUAGGCGGUGCUCUUUCUUCUGUUUGCGAUAAAGAAACCGGACAGUGUUCAUGUCGUCCAAAUAUUGUCGGUCGGGAAUGUAAUACUCCGGCUGAUAAUCAUUACUUUGCAACAUUACAUCAGUUUCGAUAUGAGGUGGAAGAUGGUGUUACACCAGUUGGUUCGGCCGCGCGAUAUGAAUUUGAUUCAAAUGAAUAUAAAAAUUAUUCAUGGAAAGGUUACGCAAAAUUUUCUGCUUUACAACCAGAAGUUCAAGUAAGCGUUCAAUUACCAAAGCCGACUGCAUACCGUUUUCUUAUUCAUUAUCGUUCAUAUAAAACUGAUCAACAACAAACAGAUGCAAACAGCAUUGACUUUAAAACGCCUCAAUUACAUGUGAAAUUUGUCUCGCGUUUUGUAAAUCCACUUAGUAAUGCACAGAAUUUUGAUAUUGAUAUUCCAUACAAUGAAGAACCAUCGUUUCAAGCCGGUGGUUUAUUAACAUCGGAAAGUGCACCGAUGAAUGAUUAUAUUUUAACACUCCGUACAAAUGAUCCAAUAUUUAUCGAUUACGUUUUAUUUAUACCCAUAGAAUAUGUAGAAGCCAAUGCACUUCAACAAAAUGAUGGUUCACCAGACAGACCAUGUGAAAUAGACGAUGAAGAAGAAUGUUAUCAUUAUCGUUAUCCGACUUUAUACGGUAUGCCUACUACAACACAAACACAUUCAUAUGGACAAAAUAGUCCGGUCGAAAGUGUCGAUACUAAUACACUACAACGACUGGGUGUUGAUUCGUUGACGAGUAUCGAACGUGGAAGAGAUUAUCGAUAUGAUCUACAAAUACCGACGCCUGGUCUGUACUAUAUCGUUGUUGAUUAUCAUACACUAGAUGCUGAAAAUAGUCAUGCUCAAGUACAAGUCAUGAAUUCAGCUUCGAUCGAUAACAAAGCCGAAAUUUAUUUUUCUUAUUGUUCGUAUAGUUUUAUUUGCCGUCAGAUUGUUACACAGACAAACAUCCGAAAACCAAAAAUAUUAUCAAUGACGAACGAUGGACGAGCCACAGUAAUUAUCCAUGUUACAAAUCAAGAAUCAACCGGUCCAAUUGCUAUUCAAAGUAUUACUGCUAUACCGAUCACACAAUUCACAUAUGAGUUAUUAAAACCACAAUUUUCGUGUGUUAGAGAGGAUGAUACACCAUGUGGUGAAGUAACAAAUGGGCAGAACAUAAUGAAAUUCGAAGCUGAAGAUUAUUAUAACCAACAUCUGAAAACAAAUCAGUUUCCUGGUGCAGAUCAAUUGGUUGUGAAUAAUGUGAGUGCUCCCGUAUUUGUGGUGCCUUUAAAUUCAACAAUGCCCAAUAUUUAUGUCUACGGUCGACUGAACAAUGAACAAGUCGAUGCAACUGAUUUUCCCAAUAAUUAUAUGCUGACAAUUCAUUAUUUUCAAACCGAACAUUCAAUUGUUCCAGUCAACAUCAUUUUCUAUAGUCGAAGUGGUGAUAGUCAAAUUGGCGAAAUUCGUGCUUCACUUUGUCAACGACCGCAAGGUUGCAAUCAAAUAAUAACCUUACAAAAUGGUUCAAAUUCAAUUCGAUUAAAUGAACCUGAAUUUACCGCCUAUUUAGCUAUAAAUCCAAAUCAAUCAAUCUUUAUUGAUUAUAUUACCGUACAAAAAAUAGACGAUAAACAACAGGAAACACGUUUAGCAUCCACAUCACCGUCAUCUGAUCGUGCAUCACAAUUCGUUAAACAAUGUUUAUCGAAAAAUAAUUAUGAUAUUAAAUUUGAUUCAAAUUCAAAUUCAAAUACAUUUUGUCGUCAAGCACUUGUUUCAUUAUCAGCAACAUUUAAUGAACGAGCAUUGCCAUGCCUUUGUGACCCAAUUGGUUCAAAAAAUUUUACGUGUGAUCAAUACGGUGGACAAUGUAGUUGUAAAUCAAAUAUUAUUGGAAGACGUUGCUCUUUAUGUGCUACUGGUUAUUGGGGUUUUCCCGAUUGUCGACCUUGUAGUUGUCCAAGUAAAAUAUGUAAUCAACAAACGGGAGACUGUAUUUGUCCGCCAAGGGUAACCGGUCGAAACUGUGAUCAAUGUGCAGUAAAUACGUACGGUUUUGACCCAUUGUUAGGUUGUGAAGAUUGUCAGUGCCGUAUUGAAGGUGUUGUUAGUCAACGAAUGGAUUGCGCUUUAAAAAAUGGCCAGUGUUAUUGCCGAGAAAAUGUUGCAGGACGCACAUGUGAUCACUGUGCUUCUGGUCAUUUCAAUUACCCCCAUUGUAUGAAAUGUGAUUGUGAUCAAGCCGGUACUGUUGACAGUAUCUGCGAUCCUUAUACAGGAACUUGCUUGUGUAAAGAAAAUGUCUAUGGACCACGAUGUGAUCAAUGUAAACCGGCAACAUUUGCUUUGCAAGAUGAUAAUCCAAAAGGUUGUACAAAAUGUUAUUGUUUUGGUACAACGAAUAAUUGUCGAGGUGCACAGUUUUCCUAUCGUAUAAUACGUAAUAUGUCUGAUUGGACUUUAACAAAUCCGGCCCUUCGUCAUGAUCGAAAAGAUGGUCGUUUAACACUGUAUGCUACACCUUCCGACGGAGUUAUUCCAACAACGGAUGAUGAUCCAUUGUACUGGAUUGCACCAAGAUUAUAUUUAGGUAAUAAAAUAUUAACUUAUGGUGGAAAUUUGACAUUUAAAAUUAAUUAUGCUACCAAUAGUCCCGUUCAAAAUCGAUCAUUAACAAAACCACUAGUCCUAUUACGUGGCAGAGAUCUGACAAUAGCAUAUUUUCAUCCAAGACCCAUUCAAUCAAAUCGUGAUGAGGACAUUAUUGUACCGUUAAAAGAAUUGUAUUUUAAAUAUCAAGUACGAGGUGGUGGAAGUGGAUCAUCACCGAUUACACGUGAAACAUUUAUUCAAGUAUUGAGUAAUAUAACAAAUUCAUACAUUCUUGCAGGCUAUAAUCCAUCUAUGACAUCAACGACGGUUGCGGCUGUUCAACUACAUCACGCAGAUCCAAAAUCGAUAACAAAUGGUACUCGACAAGCAAAAAGCGUUGAGGUUUGCGCUUGUCCACCAAACUACGCCGGUUUAUCGUGUGAAACGUGUGCCAGAGGAUUCUAUAAACAGUAUCAAGGAUUGAACAAUUGGAUAUGUAUACCAUGUAAUUGUAAUGGCUAUAGUGACACGUGUGAUAUUGAAACAGGAAAAUGUUUAUAUUGUCGAAAUAAUACAGCUGGUAGUUAUUGUGAUACAUGUCGUACAGGUUAUAAUGGCGAUCCAACACGUCAGAUACCAUGUAGAAUAUGUGCUUGUCCCCUGUCAUUGGAAUCAAAUAAUUUUGCUAGUUCGUGUGAAAUGAAUGCGUUACAAGGUGAAACAACACGAUGUUUUUGUCAACAAGGAUAUUAUGGCGACCGUUGUCAAUCCUGUUAUCCAGCCUAUUGGGGAGAACCAAGUAGACAAGGUAGUCGUUGUACAUUAUGUGAAUGUAAUGGUAAUAUUGAUUUAUAUGAUUGGAAUGCGUGUGAUCAAAAAACGGGCAAAUGUAUUAGUUGUUUAAAUAAUACAGCUGGAGAUCAUUGUGAACGAUGUCGUGAUUGGUUUUAUGGUGAUGCAUUACGAGCAAAAAGUUGUCAACAAUGUCAAUGUGCACAAUGUGGUUCAAAUAGAUGUGAUGGUCAAACAGGACGAUGUUCAUGUAAACAAGGUGUGACAGGUCCAAGAUGUGAUCAAUGUUUAGAAAAUCAUUAUGGUUAUCAUUUAUGUGAUGGUUGUAAAACAUGUGAUUGUGCUGUGGGUGCAAAAGAUCUUACAUGUGAUACGUACACUGGUCAAUGUCAAUGUAAACCGGGUGUUACUGGUAGAAAAUGUGAUGUAUGUAUGACUGGUUAUUGGGAUUUAACAAUUGAUGGUUGUAAACAAUGUCAAUGUGAUCGAUUUGGUACAAUACGACAUUUAACAAAUACGGGAUUAAGUUGUGAUGCAAACACGGGUAAAUGUUUUUGUAUUGAAGGUGUUAGAGGUGAACGAUGUGAUCAAUGCGAAGAAUAUUAUACAAUUGUUGAAGGACGUGGAUGUUUACCAUGUGAUAAAUCGAAUAUUGUACCAGAAGGUUGGUGUUCUCGACAAUUAAUUGAUGAUGUUGAUCAAUUAAGAAUAAAUUUAAAUAAAACAAUUGAUAAUGCAAAUAAAAUAACUCAAGGACGUACAGCAUCGGAAAGAGUUGAAAAAAUGAAAUUACGUGCAAAUAAUUAUCGUAAUUUAGCUAAUAAUAGUACAUUAAAAACUCGAUGUGAAUAUGAUCAAUUAUCAUUAUCUUAUCCUGCCAAUGUAUUUUGUUUAAAUGAGCAUACAAAAAAUUUAACACAAACAUUAAAUAGUAUUGAUACAUAUUUUAAACAAAUUUUAAUUGAUGUUAAUUAUGAACAAGAUCAAGUAAAAAGUUUAAUGUCAAAAGCUGAAUAUGAACAUGAUAGAGUUAAAGAACAAGUAGAAUUCUUAGAAGAUUUUGCUGAUGAUAUUGAUGUAUUUUCAACAAAUUUAACACAACAUGGUGAUGAUGAUCCAACCUAUGUUAUACAUCUUAUAGAUAGUGUUCAACAAAUAAUGGAUCAAUUUCAAAUUGAUAAUGAACAAGAUACAAUUGAUAAUUAUACAAUACAAAUUGAUUUAUUUCAUGAUAAUGUUAAAUUAAUUGAAUAUGAUUUACAAGAAACAAUGAAUAAUAUAAAUCAAUUACAAAAUCAAACAAUAGAAUUUGAACAACGUACAAAACAAAUGGAAAAAUUAACAAAUAAUGCUAAUGAUAAAUUAAAUCGUAUUAAUAAUCAAUUACAAAUAUUUGAUGAAAUAUCAUUAAUGAAAACAAAAUUAAAACAAAGUUUAACAUUAAAAAAUACAUCUGAUACAAAAUUAAUUAAUAUAACAACAAUAAAAAAUGAUAUGAAUGAUUUAUAUAAUGAUUUACAAAAUACAUUUAAAUUAACAACAAUAAAUUAUCAACAAAUUAAUCAAAGUAUGAAUAAUUUAAAUUCAAAAUUAAAUGAUAUUACAACGGAUAAUAAUCGUGUAAGAACAAAUAUAAGAAAAAUUUAUGAUCAUGUACGAAAUAUAAGUGAAACAUCAAAUUAUUUACAAGUUUUAUAUGAUAAUAUGAAACGUCAAACAAAUUAUACAUUAUAUCGAAUAUUUGUAUUUAAAAAUAUUAUUGACAGUGUUAAUUCACUUGAUAAAACAACAACAGAUUUAAAUAAAAAUUUAACGGAUACUUAUUUACAUGUACAACAAAAAAUAAAUCAAACAAAUUUAAUUGUAGAAAAUCUUGUACAACAUCAUCAUCAAGAUACAAAUAAUUUAAUGAUGAAUAAUAUUGAACAACAACAAUUAGUUUCAACAAAUAAUCAUUAUAAUGAUCGUAUUGAUAAAAUAAAUCGUUCAGCAACUGUUUAUUCACGUUCAUUGGAAACAAGUGAAAAACAAUUACCAUCGUAUAAAUUAAGAAUUGAUGAAUUAAAACAGACGGCUGAUAAUUUAGAACCAGAUUCAAAUCGAAUUUAUGAAGAAAGUGAACGAAGAAAAGCUGAAUUUGAAACAUUAAAAGAAAAAAUAUUAGCAGAAAAACCAAUGAAUUCAUCGAAAUUGAGUGAUAAACCAUUACAAAUGGAAUUUCGUGAUACUGAGGAUACAAUAUUAAAAAUGAAAAAUUGGGAAGCAACAGCUGAUGAACAAUUGAGUACAGCCAAAUAUACAUAUGAUCAAACAGUAAAAUUACAGGAAGAUAUUUUUGAUAUUGUUAAUGAAAUACAUAAAUUGAUUGAAGAAUCACGUUCGAUUGUUAGUGCUGUCCGAGUUGGUGCAUCAUUUAAUCGUAGUACUGGUGUUAGUCUACAUAAACCAUCGAGUUUUAAAGAAGCUAAUAUCCAUUCAAAAUUAUCAUUAUCAUUUCGUACCCGAGAACCAAAUGGUCUUUUAGCUUACGUGGGUAAUGAAGCAAAUAAUGAAUUAGAUUCCAAACCAAAUUAUAUGGCAUUAAAAUUAAAUGAACAUGGACAACUUGAAUUUAAUUAUGAUCUUGGCUUUGGUGAACCAUCGAAUAUUGUCUCAUCACAACAAUUUAUUGAUAAUCAAUGGUACGAUGUUACAGUUGAACGAUAUGGUCCUCAUGGUCAAUUAACAGUUAUGGAUGCGAAUGGAACUGAUAUUUUUACGGGUGCAAGUGAUGCUCAGUCGGGUUUAUCAUUACUUGAUCUUCAUCCAAAUAGAUCGGUUUUAUUAAUUGGUGGUGUACCUACUCAAGUAUCAAUCUCCCAAUAUUAUCAGCCAUUUGCUGGUUCAAUAUCUGAUGUUCGUUUUAAUGAUCAACCUAUAAGUUUAUGGAAUUUUGAAACGUCAACAAAUCAUAAUCAAGGUGUAACACAUUCACUUUCGAAUCGUGAAGCUAUUCCAGGUAUUUCAAUGAAUGGCAAUGGUUAUGUUCUCUUUUCAAAGAGACGAUUGAGAAAAUUAGAACAAUCAUUUACUUUAACAAUUAUAUUUAAAACUAAUUCACCAACUGGUCUUCUAUUAGCUUACGGUGGUAUAGAAAAACGUUUUUUUGCCGUACAAAUAAUUGAUACACAUCCCGAAAUAUUGAUGAAUACAGGUAGUGGUCUAGUUAAUGUUCGUCUAGUACAAAGUGUACAUGAUAAUAGACCACAUCGUUUACAUGUGAAAAAACUUGGUUCGGAAUUAACAAUUCAAUUAGAUGAUAAUCAAGCCGUUAUAGCUCAUGAUCGUGAUGAAGAGUCACGAAUUGAUAGUAAUGAAGAUUUAUAUGUUGGUAAAUAUCUUGGACAAGAUUCAGUACGUGAAUCAGUGACAAAUCGUGGUUUCAGUGGUUGUAUACAAUCAAUUCAUAUUGAUCGAAUUGAAUUAACAUUAAAAUCAACAGAAUAUUUUAAAAAAAUGGAAAAUGUUGAAAAAACAUGUACUACUGAACAAAUUGUUCGUACAAUUCAAUUUGGUUAUGUUUAUCAGGAACAGUAUGCUCAAAUUGGUGCAAAAAAUUUAACAAUACCAUGGGCAAUAACAUUACGUGUUCGAAUACAAGAUCAAAAUGGAACAUUAAUUUAUUUUCAUAAUACGGAUAAUGAUUAUUUAUCAUUAACAAUUGAAAAUGGACAUAUUAUUGUUCGACACCUGCUACUACCAACAAUAAGUUUAGUACAAGUUAAAUGUACUACACCAUUAGCAAAAUCAGGAUGGAAUUAUAUUAGUUUACAUCGAAAUCAACAACAGUAUACUCUAUUUUUAAAUGAUGUAGAAUGUGGAUCAUAUGAACAACAAUUGGGAAAUGAUCGAUAUCAAUUUCAUCAAUAUAAUUCGGUGUUUAUAGGUGGACUACCAGUAAUAUCAUCACCAAGUGAAAUAACACUAACAAAUAAAAAUUUACAAAAAUUAAUUGGUUGUAUUGGAGAUGUAAAUAUUGAUGGAACAUUGAUUAAUUUUAACAAUAUUGAAAAAUUAAAAAAUGCCGAUCAAAAUUGUCAACUUUAUUCAACUUUAACACCAACAACAUCAAAUGACGAAAAAUCAUUAAUACCCCCUGAAUUUAGUUAUAAUGCAACACAGCCGUCAUAUCCAGAUGGAUUUCGAUUAAAAUUUCGAAUGAGAGGUGUUCCCAACAUAUUGGAUUUUAAUGAUACGUUGACUAAUAAUUCAACAGAAUCGGACAUUCAAUUUGAUCCUCUUGAAAGCAUCACUAAUUAUACUCAACCAAUAAAGAAUGAUAAUAAUCUCUUAGAAACUGGUGAUCCUGAAACAUCAUCAGAAGAGGUUGAUAUUGAAAUUGAUGUUGAUGAACAAACUGAACCAAAUUCUGUCUUGAUCACGGAAGAGCAGGUAGAAACAACAUCAACGGUUGAACAAUCAAUUGGAACAACUCAGUCCACGUCACUUACAUCAACAACAACAUCCAGUAUUCAAAAUAUUGUUGAUAACUCGACAGUAACAAAUGAAAAUGAGCUUGCGGAGGAAGAUAAUAUCGAUGGAAUGGGAGAAGAGGAAGAGGAGGGUGUUAUAGGUGAACACGAUGAAAACUCUCGCAUACGACGUUCAUGUACACUGUAA